GUGGGCGGUAUCUCGGCGUGGCGCGCCGGGCUGCCGAAGUGCCGACGUUUGUGGUGAGCCGGCUCUCAAGGUGGCUGCGACCGAGAAGCGUGCGGGGUCGAGGUGUCCGUGAUGCCGGUGGUCCCCGAGGUGGGGCGCUCAAAGCCAAGCGCGUCGGACCCGCCACGCGCAGGCUUCGUGCUGGGAGUGGACGUAGGCAGCUCGGUGAUCCGCUGCCACGUCUAUGACCGGGCUACGCGGAUAUGCGGCUCCAGCGCGCAGAAGACAGAAAGUCUUUUUCCUCAAAUUGGCUGGGUCGAAAUUGAUCCUGAUGUUCUCUGGGUUCAAUUUGUUGCUGUAAUAAAAGAAGCUGUCAAAGCUGCAGGAAUACAGAUGAAUCAAAUUGUUGGUCUUGGCAUUUCAACACAGAGAGCAACUUUUAUUACAUGGAACAAGAAAACUGGAAAUCAUUUUCACAACUUCAUAAGUUGGCAAGAUCUAAGAGCUGCUGAACUUGUAAAAUAUUGGAAUAAUUCUUUUAUAAUGAAGCUAAUACAUAGUUCCUGCCGGGUGCUUCAUUUUUUUACUAGAAGUAAACGACUUCUAGCAGCCAGUUUGUUCACUUUCACACCCCAACAUCUUUCUUUGAGAUUGGCCUGGGUUUUACAGAACCUGAUUGAGGUACAAAAAGCAGUUGAAGAAGAAAAUUGCUGCUUUGGGACUAUUGAUACUUGGUUGUUACAUAAGCUGACAAAAGGUUCUGAAUAUGCCACAGAUUUUUCAAACGCAAGUACAACUGGACUUUUUGACCCAUAUGAGAUGUGUUGGAGUGGGUUCAUUACCUCCCUGCUUUCAAUACCACUUUCUCUCCUGCCUCCUGUGAGGGACACAAGCUACAAUUUUGGAUCAGUGAAUGAAGAAAUAUUUGGUGUGCCUAUACCAAUAGUGGCCUUGGUAGCUGACCAGCAAUCAGCCAUGUUUGGAGAGUGCUGCUUCCAGACAGGAGAUGUGAAAUUAACCAUGGGAACUGGGACUUUUUUGGAUAUUAAUACUGGAAACAAGCCUGAACAGACUCUUGGAGGCUUUUAUCCAUUAAUUGGAUGGAAGAUUGGGCAAGAAGUUGUAUGCAUAGCUGAAGGCAAUGCAGGAGACACUGGUACUGCCAUUAAAUGGGCUCAACAAUUAGAUCUUUUCACAGAUGCUGCUGAGAGUGAAAAAAUGGCCAAAAGUUUGGAAGAUUCUGAAGGAGUUUAUUUUGUUCCAUCUUUUAGCGGAUUGCAGGCUCCACUAAAUGACCCCCGUGCAUGUGCCUCUUUUAUGGGUUUGAAGCCUUCCACCAGUAAAUACCAUCUUGUACGAGCAAUAUUGGAGUCAAUAGCUUUCAGAAACAAACAGUUAUAUGAGAUGAUGCAGAAAGAGAUCCGUAUUCCUGUAACAAAAGUCCGGGCGGAUGGAGGAGUUUGUAAGAAUGGUUUUGUCAUGCAGAUGACUUCAGACCUGAUUAAUGAGACUAUAGACAGACCCGUCCACAUGGACAUGUCGUGCUUGGGUGCAGCUUCUCUAGCUGGCCUUGCUGUUGGGUUUUGGAAUGACAAGGAGGAACUAAAGAAACUGAGGCAAAGUGAAAUGGUUUUUAAGCCACAGAAGAAAUGGCAAGAGUAUGAAAUGAGUAUGGAAAACUGGGUCAAAGCUGUGAAACGCUCCAUGAAUUGGUAUAACAAGACUUAGCACUAAAAGAAAUAACUCAAACCACAAAUGGCUGUCGAUGCGAUAUCCCCAGAGAUCAGGGGAUAACCAAUACGACGAUGACCGAGGGGAGAAGAGUUAAACUGAGCUUCACAACUGAGAGAAAAAGCAUUUAUUUUUUGAAAAAACAAAAAAACACAAAACAAAGCAUCUUAUUUUUUUAUUCGUGUCUUGCUGAGAUUGAUAAAGCAGCAAUACCUCAAAACUUUUAUGUCUUCUGUUUUGUAACAAAUUCCAAAGGACAUUAGCCAUUUUCAGCCAUAUUUUUACGAUUAUGGAUCCUCCUCCUUUUUAUACUUACAUAGUGGUGCAUUUGAAUAUAAUUGUUUACUAUUGACCUAAAACUCGAGGUCAAGCACCAUUCACAUUUUGUUCCAAAAUUAUAUGACAAGUAUUUCCUUUAAUUCUUUUGAAUUAAGUGGACUAUUGGAAGUACAUUGAACUAAAAAGAAGGAAGAACUAAAGAAAUGUCAAAUUUUGAAACAUAAUUUUUUUUUAUUUAAAACCAUAAUUGUUCGGUGUUGUGUCCCAAUAUCAGCUCAAUAUGUCCAUCUCAGAUAAGCUUAUUAAGAAAAAAGCUUUCCUUUACUGAACUUAAAGACACUGCCUUAGUUUUCCCUUGUUCAACUGAAAUCUGAGCAUUUCUUUCUGUGUUGAAAAACAGAAAAUAAUUUUAGUUAACAAAACUAAAAAGGCAAUUGAUUGUUAAGGAACAAAAAAUACCGUUUAUUUUCCUUCUCAAAUAGCAUUUUUUUUUCCUAAAAACUUCUGGUUAAAGUAUGUCAUUGCGUUUUUUACAAAAUGGAAAUAUUUAACAUAAAUCUUGCCUUUCUUGUCCUUUCUCUAUUUUUCUUAGUUGUUAGGAUGCUUACAUACAUAUCUUUUGUUUUUAUUGUUUUUAAGGGCCUACUAGAGCUUAAUUUUAAGGAAGUGUCCUAAUUUAUUGGUGAGCUUAAAAAUUGCCUUUAUUAGGGUGUUUUACUUGUUCAUGUAUCUUUCUGAUGUUCUUCCAGUCAACUCAUCUCUUUGAGAUAUGCAGUGGGAGGCUGACAAGAGAGAGGGCAGUGUACCCGUGCUAAUGAUUGUCCUGUGGCCACUGAGCCAGAGAUCCACAGAAAGGAGCCAGAACAGUUCCACAUUCUCUAACUUUCUUGUUAGAAAGAAUAUAGAGGGCUAACAGUUGUGAAACCAUCUGGGUGUGAAACCCUUCUACAGCAGUUGACCACCUUCCAGUCUGUUGCCCAUCCUUACAUUUGGGGCUAAUUCUAUUUGGAUUUGCAGCAAAAGUGAAUUUAUUUCCCUCUUGAUUAGGCUUUUUCACACACAGUCCUGCUGUUCUAGAACUAGCUAUUAAAUAAUGUAACUGAAUGAAUGACUGUAAUAAAGAAUUUUGUUGUGUUGUAUAUAUCCAUUUCAGAGAUGGUUACAUAUGAUGAAACUAAAGGUCAAAUGGUAUUUCUGCAAAUUCCUUUUCAGCGAAUUUCAAAUAUCUUCUUAAAUUAUAAAUUUUUUUGAUGGGAGCACUAUAGCACAUAUAUAGUAUCAUCAACACUGUUAAUUAAUAUUUGGAAAUAUUUUUGUUAAGUAGAAGUGUUUUUGUUUGCUUACUGUAAUAAGUCAGAUCACACUGUAUAGCUAAUAUCUUAUUCUCCUCUUCAUUCUUUCUCUGUUUACAUUUCUGCAACUUUGGGCUUUCCUAUCAAAAGCCUUUGAAAGCUGCUCUUGUUUUACUGUUUCUCCUUUUGCUGUUUCUUCUAGCUUGUGUCUUGUGAUUUCGUAGGUGGUAAUUGUCUGUUUGUGUUAGGAUAUACCAUAUUUCAGUGUUAGUAUACCUAGAAAUUUGUUCAUUUCUUUUCCACAUUCUUCUUUCUCAACAUACAACCACAAAAUAAAGGAUAAAUAGCUUUUAGACAAUGUGGGAAUGCAACUUUGUUUGAAUUACAUCUCAUUGGAAUUGAGCAUCCUUCUCAAAAAUCAGUGGCUAAUUUUUUCCUCUGUAAGUCUAGAAGCUAAUCUUUUAUUUCAAUAUUUCUGGCUGUUUUUAGUGACAUAGUUCAGUAAAUCUUUUGUUAGAUUUAACCAGAGUCAGAAAGAUGACCACGUGUGACCAACAACCAAAAAAAGUCUUCCAUCUUUCAAGUUUAUUUUUCAUCUUAAUUCUAAUACCUAAACUUUAUUAUUUUUAUUUCUGUAAAUAUUUUCCAGCAUGUUUUAUUUUCCCAUUAUGGAGUUAUCACGUAUUUUUAGGAGGUCUCCAGUUAUUUCAUCAAGGAGAAUGUUCUUAUAUGAUCCAUUUUAGAGAUACAAAUUGCUUUUUUACUAUGGACGUACUGAUUUUUAAAUCUUUUAUAUCCAACCAUAACAGGGUUUCUCAAUCUCUGCAUUAUAUUGAUAUUUUAG